ACCUCAGUCAGUGUCGAUUGAUAUCUGCUCGAGUAAUCAACGUUCCCACGAGCAAUGUCGCUAUAUCCGUUUCUUCUGGUUUUGGUUGCUUCGGCGUCCGCUUUUGUCCUUCCGGAUACGAACCCGGACCCGCUUUUCAUCGGUGGCACGGUAGCGUCGUUCGGCGCAUUCCCAGCUGUAGCCUACAUUGUCGCUCCGGAUCGUGAGUUAUGCGGUGCUGCCGUGAUUGACGCACGGCACGUGGUGACCUUGGCCCAGUGUGUGCUGAAUGCAACCUACAAUACGAUCAAUCCACGGUUGGUACGCGUUCACACGGGGGAACUCAAUCUGGUUCCGGUGUCACACACUAGGCAAACUCAACUCGGAGACGUGAUCUACGUUCAUCCAAAUUUUAAAGCUCACACGCUGGAGAAUGAUGUUGCUGUGAUACGGGUUCAAGAACCGUUCCACAUUCCAAGUAAUGAGGUGGAACCAGCUAACCGUAGGACUCACAUCGUGGCAAACGGAGCUACUUGCUACUUGGCAGGAUGGGGAGCGAUCGAUCCAGCUCCUGGAUCGAUCAUCAAUCCGAUGCAAAGAUUCAUUCCAAUGGUGAUAAACGAUCGUGAUGUUUGCAAUACCAUUCGGCGGGAAAGGCAAAUAUUCGAAAGCAUGAUAUGCGCAGGAAAUACAGAUAUAGUUCAAAAUGGUCCAGCCCCUUGUCAUGGAAGUCUGGGAUCUGGGUUGUACUGCCAUGGUAACCUAACUGGACUGUUAUCAUAUGGGCUCAACUGUGGUAUGGCCAAUAAUCCCCCAACGUUCACCCAAAUUCGAUUCUUCAACCCGUGGAUUCAGCAGCAGUUGAUAAGAACUGAUAGACCUCCAGCUGGCAUGUCACCUCUAGAUGUAGUUUAA